CCUAUUGUGUGUGUGACUGUGUCAGUCAAGUCAACGUGUAUGUGGUUUCGGUGUUCGGUGUUAGUGGUGUAGUGUCUAUGUCCAGUGCAUGGUGUCAUUUAUUGUAAACACUAGUGUUCUGUUGCCAUUCAUAAUAUCACCACUCGUGAUUUACAGUGUAGGCUGGGCUUGCAGUUUCAUAAACAUUGUAUUAUCUUCUAGUCAAAUUAUUUUAUUGCUAUUUUACAUACGUGUGCUUAUUCCGUUUGACAGUGUUCAUAUUUAAAACACAAACUGCUUGCCAAGGGCAAUUUAAAAAACGCGUUUUGGAUUUGUAUCUUUCCAUUGAACUCGGAGAUAACACAACAUAAGUAAACACGAUUAUCCUAGUUCAUAAAGAAUCAUUCCAACUUUCUUAAUAUCUUCAAUGGUUGAUUUUAAAGACAUUAAAACACUUUGCUAGUAUUUUAACCUACAACUUAGAUAAUGGAAUCAGCAAGGAAAACCGGUACUUAUAAAGCUGUGAUUACAAUAUUUCACAUAGUUGCAGCAAUACAAUUUGCUUACAGUGUUUAUUAUGAUUUUACUUUCGUUGUUGUGCCAAAAGAUGUGUCCCCUAUAAUGUCAGCAUUUGGAGGGAAAUUUAAAUUUUUAACCUUCUGGAAUGCUAUAAUGCAGUCGCUUUACUUUACAAUGUGUUGUAUUAUCGACAUUUUUGUGACUGACCCAAGCCAAUCAAAAAUGGCAAAACUCAAAGAUUUCUUUCACUCCAGUUUGGCAUUCCCUGUUGCAAUGUUUGUGGGUGUCACGUUCUGGGGCCUGUAUGCAGUGGACCGUGAUCUGGUGUUGCCCAAAGCUAUGGAUCCGUACUUUCCUACAUGGCUUAAUCACAUAAUGCACACAAACAUCAUGUUUUUUACAGCCCUUGAACUAUUUCUUACUUAUCGGAAAUAUCCUUCAAGAUCUAAAGGGUUAUUAGCUCUCAUUGUCUUCCAGUUAACAUAUAUAUCAUGGAUGCACUAUGUCCAUUACAAAAGCGGGUUCUGGGUGUACAAUGUCUUCAAUGUACUGAACCUUCCGCAGAGAGCAGCGUUCAUCGUUGCAUGUGUCCUUCUUGCCUGCACCUUCUACUUCAUUGGCGAGAAGAUCAACUCCAUAGUCUGGGAUAAACCUAAGAAUAAAGCUGGAGGAGAACAGGAUUCACCAUAAGAGCCAUAUUGAGAAGCAGUCCUCAAAGCAUCGGAAGCACAAAUGAGAAAAUCUGUAAAAAGUUAGAAUAGCUGUACUUCCAAAAGUAGUAACAUCUUAGUGCUUUAGAAAUGGGUGAUAAAUAGAAGUGCUUUAAUUGUGUUCUGAGCAGGCCUAUAGAUUGUUGUUUUCCGUCUAAAGAGUGAGCCGUGAAUACUUAGGAUAUAAAAUCAAUAAUAUAUUGUAUAUAUUGUACUUAAACUCAUGGCCAUUGACAAUAACUUUGUUAUGCUGUCUUUUCUGAAAUAAUUGUGUCAACAUGUAAAUUAAUCGUGAUUGCAUAGGAUACACAUUUUAAGUUAAAGUUUGAAUGUAUAAAGACUCAUUUUUCACACUCCGCUUGAAUCUUGCCACCAGAUUCAAAUUUGGGCAUAAUAUACAUAGGGUAGUAUCUUUUUUCAAAUAUUUCCAUCAGAUGUAAGAAUAGUUUUAGAAUUUAGGAUGAGAAAAAGGUCUAUGUUUAUUAAAUAUAUGCCCUUUUCUUAUUUAACAGUAUAAUCAAACGAUAUAGUUUAGAGAAAGAUUUUUCAUAAUAAUUAAGGAUCAUAUAGUUGUUGAAAUAUAAAUUUGUACUUACUAAAAUAUGUCCUGGUUUAAAAUAUUAUACAUACAUUUUAAGACUAGAUUAAAAAUUUCUAGUAAUAACAUCCUGUAUCUAAAAAUGUGUACUUGGAUUAGAAAAUUUAGAAUACAUUUGUUGAAUAUUUUUUUACAUUUUCUGAAGAAAUAAUUUAACCACAGAUCUACCAAGUGACGACUUGAAGGGAUGUAGAAAAUAGUGUAAUAAAAACUAUUGAAUGAAAAAAAAACCACUUACACUGCUAUGAAUUUGUGUUAAACAUAUAAUAUGUAAAUAUUUAGAGAGGAAAAAAAAGCUUUGCAAGAGUACUAUUUGUGAGCACCCAAGAACAGUUUGUAACAUUUAUUUUCUUAAGAUAUGUUUUGUUGUAAAAACAUGCAUAUGGUCAAAUUGGCUACAUUGAUUUCUGAUUCUCUAUUUUACUAAAUAGAGAUACUAAAUUUACAAAUUUAAAUUGUAUUUAAAUUGUUUUCAUUCAGAAAUAACAAAAUUCGAAAUAAAUUACUGUGCUUUGUGUUUGAUGCAUACUACUCGUUCAAAAAUGUAAACAGCAUUACAAGAUAAGUCAACCAAGCCUGUGUAAAACACACAAUGUUAAGCAUUCUUCAUAUGCUGAAACAAAUGGUAUACAACUUACCAUACAACAGACUAUUACAUACAUUGUGAGAGCAACACCUUUUCAACAAUAAAUGAAAUCUAAACCAGCAGUUGUUCACCAGUAAGAUAUUGUAUACUCAGUAACGAUCUUACAUACUCAUUUUCUUUUAAAAUAGAGCUUCACUGAUAUAGGUUGAUAAAUUUAAGUCCCAAGUCAAAGAAAAUUUAUUUUGGCAGUCAAAUAGUAUAUAAUAACCAAACUAAUUAAAAAAACAUUGAUUUUAUUGGUAAUAGUAUAUGGAAAGCCAGUUUGCUAGUCACCCUGCUGGGUGGCAUUUUCAACUGGAACUUGACGUUUAAGAUGUCUGUCCACUUGCUUUGUAAAAUUCUGGUUAGAUAACUUAGUUGGAGCAUAGUGGAAUCUGUUUUUGUUUUACUGAUAGAAAUCACUGAUUUAUUUUUUAUGAUACGUAAGAUGGGAGGAUUUUUGUUCAAAGGAACUUCCAAGUUCACAUGUUUGCGCAAAGUGUUGGAGUGUUGGUCAUUUCAGCUGCUGGUGUCUUUUUCUAUGAUUGACUCCUACGUUAUUUCUGACUAUUGGAUACUACACGACUUCAAUCUUCUGAAUUUUGUGGGACUGUUAUAAAAUUAUAAUUCCCUUUUUUAGACUGGCACCAACUUGGUAGGAUCUGUAUCUAUGAAAAUCUGUUUGUUUUUCAAACCGCCAUCCCUUAGAAUGAAGUUCCCUUAUAUAGGACCCUUUUAAGGGGAGUUGUGUUUUCCGUGGACUUUCCUUCAGAUUUCAAUUUCCUCAAGGAUGUACAAAUUAUUUAGUGUUCCUUGCUAAAUUAUAGAUUUUAACAGCAUUAUUAUAAGAAAAGAAUUUGAUUCUAUUACAUUUUUAUUAAACCAGAAAAUGUUUGAAACAUUCUGAGAAAAGUAGGAUGUUAGUACCAUUCACCUUCUAAAAACCUACCAAGAAGGCGUUGUGUCUGAGCCUUGCUUGAACAGGAUGAUAAAAAAGUUAUCUAUUAUAAAGCAACAUUAAUUUCAUUAUAUAUAUGGUUCCUACUUGAAAAUAAUAUGUGCCGAUAAAUAAAAGUUAAAUUUGUUUUGUAUUUAAAUCAGUGGUACUAAUUAUAACCAGUUAUAUACCGUAAUAAUGCAUUGUCAUAUUGUAGCACUGGCACUUGAUGUUUAUGAUGUACUUUUAAGGACAGUAGAUGGGAUUAUAUGUAACAUAUAGAAAUCAUUAAGAGAAUAUAUUUACUUUCAAAAGUAAUAUGCAGUGUUUGGAGAAUAUUGAAAAAAAGUUCAUAUGAUCUAUUAAUAACUUCAUCAAAAUUACUAAAAUAGUUGACAAAGCCUAAAACAACUUCAUAACAUGCAUUUUUUGUGCUAGUUAAUUUUUAAGAAAUAAGUUACAAAAAUGAAUUGUUUGAAAUUAUUAUUGUAUGAAGAUAUAAGGAUUAAAGUAACCUUCAUUAUACUUCUAUUAAAGUAACAUAUAAAUUUUAUUGUAAUAAUCAAUUAUUGCAUUUAAAUUUUCAAGGUUUUAAUGAGCAACAAUAAGUUUAUUAAAAUGGAAAAUAGUGCAUUUAUACAUUAGCCUAUACCACUUUAUUAAAUCAAAAGCUGAUGGUAAAAUUUUUAAAUAAUUGAAAUAAGUGCAGAUUUCAAAUAUAAGAUACAGACAACUUUAAGGAUCACACUUUACGUAGCAGCAUAUUUUACAAAACUGUUCUCUCCCCACUGAUUUCUGGCAUGAGAAGUUAGUACAUAGAAGAAAGUAAGUUAAGGUAAAGUACAAAUUAAACACCCAUAAUCAAAUUUGUAUUUCAAAGUGUAUUAAUUAGUGGAGUUAAUUAGAAUGUGGAUAAAUACUAUAGUUAACAAUUAAAUACCAAGUUUAGCUAUUAGGUAGUCAAAUAGUACAGAUGUACUAUACUGCUGUAGGGUUGGUUUAAUAUGAACAAUCAAAAUUAUUUUUACUCUGAUAGUUAUUAUUUGUAUUUGGUGCCAUAGUCGAUGUUGCCUUGACAUUUUUUCCUGUUAGAUGUUUUGGUGUUGUAUUUGUAAUGUAGUAGUUUUUUGGUUAAAUUGCUGACAUAUCACUUAAAUAAGCAAUAUGGUCUGUUACUUUACAAAUUUCUUAAUAUUGUUGUUAAUAAUUGUUAUGCUUACUUUUUAUAAGUUUUACAUUAAACUACUGUAAUAAUAAAGAAGUGUUUUUUCCUGUUGUA